CCCCCCCCCCCCCUACGUUUACGUUGGGCGCCAUUUGGUAGCAGAAAGUGAAAGUGAAACACAAAACUCUAAUGGUUUUGCUAUUGAAUUUCCCAUGUUGUUGUGGUUUUGCAUUUUGCCCAUAACGGAAUUGACAUUAAGCGCUGUGUUGUGAACUUUAAAUUGACUUUGGACCAAUAACCCGAGCUUAUUUGUUGGAGUGCAAGGCAAAAAAAAAAAAAAAAAAUAAAUAAAUAAAAAAAGAAAUAAAAUCACUAUCGACCGGGCAAACUAACAAUGUUUGGUUCACACGAUUCCAAAUAAAGAGAAAUACAAAUAAAGCAAGAAAAUCCACAAGUUUUCCCAGCAAUUGCCAGCCAACAAAAAGCCAACAUUUUGAUACUCACAAAAAGAAGAAAGAAACCAAAAAGGAAAACUAAAUUGGAAUAAGGAAAAAAUUUGCAAUCUAAAAAAAUCAAUCACUGCAAAAUUACAAUUUUUGUUUCUUAUAGAAACGUAAACGUUUAAAUUAAAUCAAUUAAAUUAUUAAAAAAAAACUUAUAUAAAAAUGAGUGACCAGGAAAAAUCUGCCACCACUCCACCAAGCAUACCCCAAGCUGAGGAGAUAAUAGAUCUUAGCCGUAGAGAUUCUAAGGCAUUGUUGGAAUCUGAUGAUCAAUGGCCUGAGGGCGAAAGGGAAGUGUGUGAGGUACGCAGCCAACAUAUUAAGAAUGGACACACCUUCACGGUGACCACAGUGCGUACAGAGACAACAACCAUGACCAGCACUGAGACCAGCCUGGAAAGCAAUCUCAAGGAUGGAAGUGGUGAUCAGCUUAAAGCCAUACCUGUGAGCAGUGGGGAAAAACCCCAGGAAAGAAAAAUGGUGGAAAUGGAUGAACAGCCUUGUUGCAGCAGCAGUUCCUGUUCAUCACCGGAACACUCAAAUAAAGCCAUUGUACCACUCUCCUCAUCAUUGCCCUCCAAGCUGCUGAGAUUCCAUGCCAAACGUUCGGCCCAGGCCCUGUUGCAUCAAGUUGAAUCACAAAAUCAAUCCAUGGAUUCACAAUUUGGCAGCGAUGAAGGUAUGCCAGCCGGUGGCACCGGUAACAGCAGUGAUGAUGAUAGCUGCCAUGAGAGUAUGGGAGCCUCGGCACCACCCAUGUCUCCACCACCACCACGUAACUCACCAUCGGAAAACGGUGAUGAAAAAAUCGAUGUAGGUAUGGGUUCUUCCAUUGAAGGCUCCGAGGAGUCUGAAGAAGACGACGAACUGAAACCUUUGGCUGUGGAUAAUCAUGUCUUACAUGAUAUCGAUUUGACGUCGUCACCAACACGCAACUCUCCACUCAGUCCCAUGGCUGAUACGAAUUUAACCACCAGCACUAGCACAACUACCACGGCAGUAUUAAGUGAGGCUAAUUUAGAAAAAUUCCGUAAAAAUCAAACCGGAUCUCAUCAACUUGCACAUCCGCACAUGGAUAAUAUAUAUUUACAUCCUAACUUCAAAUACGACAUUGCAGCUGAACCAAGUAUCACCAGUGCACCCAUCAAUGCGGAACAGAAACGGGUACAUCGUUCCUUUUUAACUAUGAAAAAAUCGGAAGCGCCCGCAGCAGAGCCAGCCAAUUCAGUGGUGUCUCAGGCCACCACAGUUUCCGCGGACAAUAAGCCCUUGGUCAAUGAAAUUGAUACGCUGGAUCCAUCUCUGAUACCCAGCGAUGAGCUGGCCUGUGAAAUUGCCGAGGCAGUAGAAUUUUAUUUCUCCAAUGAAUCUAUACUCAAGGAUGCCUUCCUCUUGAAACAUGUCAAGCGUAAUAAGGAGGGAUUUGUGAGCCUAAAAUUGGUCUCCAGUUUCAAACGGGUACGCCAACUGACCAAGGAAUGGAAGGUGGUGGGAAAUGCCGUUCGACGUAAAUCACAAAAAAUCGAGCUAAAUGAUUUGGGUACCAAGGUAAGGCGUAUCGAACCCUUGCCAAACUUUGACGAGACCAUGCCUUCUCGCACCAUAGUGGUGUGUGAUUUGCCCCUGGAUAAACUAACCAUUGAAAAGGUAUCGGAUCUUUUCUCCAAGUGUGGUGAAAUUGCCUUGAUACGUAUCCUGAAACCGGGCAUGGCUAUCCCCGUGGAUGUUCGUCAAUUUAUGAACAAAUAUCCGGAAAUGCAACAGAAGGAAUGUGCUUUGGUGGAAUAUUUGGAAUCGGCCUCAGCUCGAGAGGCCCGCAAUUUACAAGGUCCCUUUAAGGUUUACGAAAUGGUGGCGCCCAAGAAGAAGACCGGCAAAAAGGCUGUCAUACAAGUCACCGCCCCCGUGGUGCGCAUGGUGGAAAAUUAUCGCUACUUCAAUGAUCACAACUAUGAACGGACCCGAGGCGGAAGCUUCAGUGGUGGCGCGGUGGCUCAUGAUUUUGAUUUGCGUUAUCGUUUGAAACGUAACAACUCCGAUUUCUCGGCUAAAACUUAUCCUACGGAAAUACCCAACACCUAUAUUGGUAGCGGAGGACCACAACAGUUCCAUGGACAUGCUCCGGCGUAUAAUGGAGCACAUCGCGGCAGUUUUGCUGCCAGUGAACCUCAACAUCAAAGUAUGAAUUCGGGUCCAGCUCCCAACGUUGGACAUCAUCAUUACCAUUAUCAACCUAGGGGCAGCAUUAGCCAGGAGUCUACGCCACAAAGCCCCAUUUCACCGGGUACCAAUGCCAAUUACUUUGCCUACAAUCCUAGGCGUUAUAGCAACACAUCCACAAUUUCGGCCAAUACGGCUGCCAAUAUGAAUGCCACAAUGGAACAUACCAAGCCGUUACACCAUCAGCACAGCAAUUCCGGUUUGGUGAACAGCGGCUCGGGUUCAAAUCUGCAGAGACGUCUCUCAAACUGUUCCCAGGAAGGAGGUGGCAGUGGCUAUGCCGAAAUGGUCAGACGCACAUCCAACUGUUCGGAUAAUGCCCCACAGAGACGCGACUCAAACUGCUCGGACAACUGUCCCUGUUCGAGACGUGUUUCCGAUUUUGCACAAAAUUCGGAGGUUUAUCGCAAAUCUUCUUUGGGUUCGGUGGGCAGCAACAGUGAGCGCCGCUUCUCAAAUGGUUCAAUGCAGUUUGAGCGAACCUUUUCGAAUGCCAGCGACAUUAAUAAUGGCAACAGCGGUGGCAAUAACAACAACAGUUAUCAUCGUCGCAUGUCAAAUGACUUCAAUUUGGAUCGCAAACAAUCGCUCGAUACUCAACCGGGUUCACCCUAUGAAGAUCCCAAUGUGGGUGGAGGUGGUGGCGGCUACAAUGUCUUCCCCAGACGUUAUUCGAACAAUUUCAACAACAUCAGCAGUAAAUUGGCUCAAUAUGAUAAUGCUCAGUAUAUUGGAGGACGUCGUAUAUCCACCGAUUCGGGUUAUGAUCGUCGUUGUUCGUUUGGUUCCGAAUAUGAGGGAUCUCCACGCUCACGUACCGGCAGCUUUUUGAAUAGCUAUAAACAUGGACCAAAUGAUUAUGAUGGCCAGCCACGCUCACGUACCGGAAGUUUUAUUGAUGGCUCACCACGCUCACGUUCCGGUUCGUUUGCCACCCGUGCUGCCGAGCAUUUGGUGCGUACUCCCAUGGGACCGGAUGGCAGCAAGGGUUUUGGCUUUCGGGCACGAAAACUGGAACAAACUAUUGGCCCCGUCUAGAGAGGAGGAGAGGGGUAUCGUUUGAAUGAUUGGGGAAACCUGGGGAUUUUUUUUUUGAUUCUAGACAUGGGUAAGAAUAAAAUGGUAAGAUUUUUUUUGCGUAGCAACCUACAUAAUUUUUAGUAACGAAAGUGUUCAUGUUUGUAUGUAUUAUGUAGUUUACUUUGUUGUUGUUAAUUAUUGUCUUUUUUAACGGAUAAAUAGGGUUAGUGAGACGAAAAAGAAACAAAAUCUUUUAAAAGAAAUGAAGAAAGAAAAUCAAUGGCUGUAAAUUCCUCUAAAUCCUCCCCGCCAAUUCACAUAGAUUUUGUUAUUAUUAAAUUGUUGAUAAUUGUUUUUGUUUCUUUUCGAUACGGGUUUUGAAACCGCGCACGCACCUUUGUUAUUUUAUUAUUUUUUCCUUACGAAUUUUACCAAGAGUUGUGGGAAAAUUGCAGUAUUUUAGAAUAGUAAAAAUAAUCAUUUGUUUAGUUUUAUGAAUUUAUUGUUUUUAUAUUUUAGUCUUAGAUGAACGACAACAACAACCACAAUCAAUUGGCAAAUAUAUAGGCAAUAAAUUGAAUAUUCUAUGAAAGGAUUUGGAAUUGAAAUGAAAGUUAUAAGGAGGACAAUGAACGAUAGUGUAUGAAAAAUUGCAGACCAGUUUUGGUAAAGAUUUAAAUGAUUUGAAAUAGAAAAUGGUUUUUGAGUGUGAAAAGUUAUAGAAAUUUUAGAAAUUCUCAGGUAUUAGUUUUUAGAAGAAAAAAAAUGAUUUUGAAAUUGGUUUUUAAAAAGUGUAUUUUUAGUACAUGGUAGAAUUAUCCAGGUAACCUUGUUUAUUUAAAUUUGUAAUGCCAUUAAAAUUACGGAAAAUCCAGAGGAAGGCAACCGUGAAAUAAUUGUACCAUGGCAUAGUACACUGAAAAUUUUAAAUUUAACAUAUUUCGAAUUUACAACAAGUCUCAAGAUUUUUUAUUUUAAAUAUAUUGUUUUACGAUUUAGAGAUUUUAUUUACAUAUGAUAAGAUUCAUUUAGAUUUUAGUUAAUAUUGAAUAGUUUGAAAGCAUACACAGGUUUAACAGACUUUGUUUAACAAAUACAAGGAAGUUUCAUUAACCCUUAUUUAACCUUUGUAUUCGUAAUUGAGUCACAUUUCCACCAAAUCGUGGUAUUGACCAAAAAGUAGUAGACGUUUUUUUUUUUUUCCAAAAUUCAAUUUAUCGUUUUUGUGUAUUUUAAGAAUAUUUUUUCCCCACGAAUACAAAAUGAGAAUUAAAUAUGUGAGUUUUGCGGUAACGCAUAUGAAAUUCUAGAAAUUUGGGGGUUUUAUUAAGACAAUUAUCCAGAUUCAUAAUUAGAAGCCCUGUAAUCGGACUCUAAGUUUUUAAUAAAAUAUUCUACUUUAAUGGUUUUCUAACUUGUUGACACUUCUCAAAGGAUGUAUGUAUAGAAGACCUUCAAAGUAAUCCAUAGAAAAUAUAUUAGGUCUUUAGGCAAUAAAUCUUCACUACUUAUGCCCCUGAGGCAACUCCGAAGCCUAUAUUAUAAAUUCCAACAAUAUCCAUUGGAAAGUCUUGUUGAAAAUAGUACAACAUGGAACGCUUUUCGAUUCAUAAAGGUUAAGAUUGUGAAACGUGUAGGGAUAUGUAAGUCGACUUUCGAUAAAUCGAUAAUAAUCGAAAAUAAUCAAAGUAAACUCUUGUCUGUGAUAAAAUUCACACAGUCGACGGGUCAUGAACGGUUUGUGAAUUUGAGAUCUUAGGAUUUUGAACAAUUUCUCAUUUAAAUCAGAGACACAAUUAGAAAAAAGUCAGAAAAAUAGGCAACUAUGAGGGAUAAAUAUGCUAGUUUUGGCAACUUAUAUGAAACUUCAUAAAGAUUCUUUCACUAUCAGAAGUUCUGUAAACAGACCCCAAUUUAUUCAUAAAAUAUUUGGCAAUGGUCUUCUAAUUUCUUACAUUUUUUUUAAAUGAUAUACAUCCAUAGAAGACUUUUAAAAGACAUCUAUAGAUAUCAAUCAUUAGGCCUAAAGGCAAUCAAUAUUCAUUACCAGCGCCCCUAAGAGAAAUUCGUAGCCUAUGUUGAACGUUAUACAUAAAUCCAGUAAAUUUUUUAAUUUUAUUGAGUAUGUGUCAGAUGAAAUUUACUUGAUUUUGAAUUUGACGUAUGCGCAAUGGAAUUGAUAUUUGAAAUCCUCUGGAAUUAGUAUGUGUAAACAUGCUCUCAACUACAAUGGUAUGCGUUGGCAACUCUAAUCACAACAUGGAACGCUUUUAUGCUUAUGGAGGUUAACAUUGUGACAGGUGUAGAGAUACGUAAGUCGACUUUCGAUUCACGAUCUCUGGUGCUGAAAUGUCUGAAAAACUGGAAGUGUCAAAUUUUCACAAAAUUAAGCCAGAUGUAUUGGGACACAUUGUCCGAUUUUAUUGUGUCAUCAAAUUUCCUCCUCAAGACCCAAGACAGAAUCAAUGUGUCAUCGUAAGCAAUGCGUUUGGUGUUGUCAAAACAUCAGUAAUCAUAUGGAAGUAACAAAAGUGUUGCCAACCAUCGAGCUUCACGAAAAACAACGACCACAGUGAACUUUUGAUUCUGUCUUGGCUUUUACUUUCGUUAAAUAACCAUGAGAUCGAAAUAGCGGUUCAAUGGAUCAGUACAGGCUAUGCGAUGAUAUGGAGGGAAUAUAUACCUACAUUGGCAUUGUCAAAUGCUGUACCACUCAAGAAUUUCAAAGGCCUUUGAUAUAAAAUAUUUCACUUUUUUGAAUCUUAAAUAAAUCCCCAUAAAAGUCAUCCCUGAGGGGGCAUCACCACUUGUACGAAAAUACGUUGAUUUAACAAAAAUUGAAUAAUUUUUCAUUCAAAAAAUGCAUUGAGAAUUUAUUGCUCACCCAGCAGUGUAAAUCAGGCAGAUUUUUUCUGAGAUAACAUUUCUCUUGCAAUACAAUAGUGUUGCCAACUAUAAGAAAAGGACUCAAGGGAACGCAGAGAAAUCAGCUGAUAUUUUUUUCACCGGUAGAAUUAAUAUAUUUCUGUUCUGCCAAAAAUGUAUCAGUUAAACAAAUAAAUUUACAUAGGCUAAUGUUAAAAAUAGGCCGUUGUAUUGCAAGGUAUAUUCACAUGUAAGUUAAUAAAAGAUUUCUGCUUUGGGAAUUUUCCAGCCCAAUAUCGAAUAAAAAUAUUAUACUUCAAUUGAAAACAACAAAUAAUAAUAUUAGAAAAAAUUAACAAUUCAAAUAUACAAAACUAAUUAAAAGAAGUAAUUGGCAGACAAAGAUAAUUGGUCAUGUUGAGUUUUUGAAAAAAAUAAUACAAAUUUUUAAAAAACUAUUAAAAUUCGCAAAGAUUGUAUUCAAAAUAAUGGAAUGAAUUAUCAUAAAAAAUAUGAUUAACGAUUAUAUUACAAAUAUUAUUAUGAUAUCAAAUAAAACGAAAUGAUAAAAAAAACCGUGGCCGAAGACUAAUAGUACGUUUACACCUUACAAAAUUUACAAAACCCAGUGGAAUUGAAUUGCCAAUUUCAUUGCAUAUACAUAAAAUAAAAUUACCUUUAUGUAGAGAUUAACCUGGCAAACAGCUCUAAUGUAAACAUACGAUAAUAAUUUGGUCAUAAUAAUAUAACCAUUAAUGUCACGGAAAUAAAAAAAGGAUUAUUAAUUUGAGGAGACAAAUCAAUUGAUUUUGAUCUUCUAACCACGAAAUAUAGACAAAACAAUUUUUUGGUAGAGAAUCGGACAUAACGAGGUCCAAAAGAUUUAUAAAUAAAAUCUGAAAUGAAAGAAAUAAAAUAAUUUAUUAAAUAGGCACUUAGCCUAAAUCUCGACAUACGACAUAACCUAGAUUUUUAGAUUUAUUAUUGAAUAUAUUUUCUAACAAUUGAAACAAUACUGCAAAUUUCCCUCAAAAUUUGAUAUUAAAUUAUAAACUUUUUUUCAUAGGUUUUAUUGUUAACAUUUAAAAUAAGAUAAACAACAUUAUUUAACAAUAAGAACAUUAACAAUAAAAUAGUUGUGAAAAUUCUUAAAUUUACAAUAUAUGUUAAAACUUAUAAGAAUUUAUAAUUAUUAUUCAUACUUUUAUAAUUAUUUAAAGAUUUACAUAUUUUUACACGAAAAAUUACAUGAAUUAAAAAAAAACGACAUGAAAAACUUCAACACAAUUUCCAAGAACAAAUCAAAAUGUGUUAAAAAAUUACAACGAAAAAUUGGCAUUGAUUUUGUACUUAAUUGGAAGUUUUUUUGCAAAAGAUAAUCGAAAUUCUUAUCAUUAGUGGAUCCAAAUACCUUUAAAAUUCAUGGGGUUUCAAAAAAUAGUACAUUUACUUUUUUUGUAGUACAAAUCAAAUUGGUAUCACAUUUCCUUGGUUAUAUAAUGUAUAUAUUUAUUUAUAUACACAAUGCCAUACAUAUUUAAAUUAAUUAAUUUUUUUGUCUUCCUUAAGACAUUUAUGUGUAAUAUAUAUAAUUUUUUAAAUUCAGCAAUUGAAUUUUCAGAUGGAGUGAGAUUUUGAAAAUGGCCAAAGAGGAGAAUCGCGGUAAUGUAAUUUUUCUUAAUAAUUUAUUAUUUUUUUCAUUUCAGGUUCCAUGUUUUCCGAAUAAUUUCCUUAAAAAAUCCCAACUCCAUAUUAUUCCCAGCAAAAUUCCAUUACAUUCCAGUUUUUCCUUCCCAAUCCCAAUGAUCCUUUCCCACACCAUAUUCCAUUGCGCUCCCAUGAUCCUUUCCCAUCCCAAAGUCCCUUCCCUACAUCCUUUUCCUUGUAUUUGAAGACUACAUGGAACAGGUUAUAUAAAAAAUAGCUCAAACUGCCUUCAAAAUUAAAAAUAAAUUUUAAUUCGGAAAAUUCAAAUCAUUCCAUUUCUAUAGAUUUUUUAUGAGAACAUUUUUAUUUUUGUGCCACAGGAAACCAUACAGGGUGAGAUAAAAAAAACUGCAACAAAGUCAAAUUCCAUAAUUUUUACAAUUUUUUUUUAAUUUUAUUGAAUGAAAGCAAUAAAUGUCAGAAGUGGCAUUAAAUUUCAGAAUAAGUUUAGAUUUGUUCGAACUGGUCACCUUUGGCACGAAUUAUGGCCUUCAAGCGGCCAAUGAAACCAUCACACGCUGCCCGAAGCGUUUGCUUGAGGCGAUCGAUACUUUGGUAUUAUUUAGUGCCAACCUUGCUUUCCAAAAAUAUUCCAGACACAAUAGUCCAACGGAUUGCUGUCCGGAGAUUUUGGUGGCCAUUGUGAGCUGGAAAUGAAGCGAGGAACCUCAUUUUGUAACCAUUCUUGGUUGGCGCGUGCUGAGUGCGAUGGUGCUGAGUCCUGUUGGAAUGUCCAAGGUCUGCGGCCGAAAUGUUUGCCUGCCCAAGGCUUUAAUACACCCUCCAUAAUAUUUUCCCUGUUGGAAUAUCCAAGGUCUACCGCCAAAAUGUUUGAGUGCCCAAGGCCUUAAUACACCCUCCAGAAUAUUUUCGCAAUAAUAUUCGGCAUUUAUUCUGAUGCCACGGUCGAUUAAUAAGAGCCGAGAGCAGCCGAAGGUACACAUUUUCAGCUGACCUCUUUGGCAAGUAAACACGAUCAUUUUGUUUGUUUACAAACUGCUGGACAUCGAAUGUUUUCUCAUCGGAAAACCCCAAAUUCGGCGGUUCACCACUUUCGGCCAAGCGAAGCAACUCUUUAGCUCUUUUGAGUCUAUUCUCUUUCUGUUGCGGUGUAAGUUCUUCCACUUUUUGGAAUUUCAAUGGCUUUACCCCGAGCUCUUAUUUCAAAAUUUGCCGAAUGGAAUGUUGCGAUAUGUUCAGCCACUGCGACGCGGGUUUCGAUCAAGUCGCUUCUUUACUUUUCCAACCAUUUCUGCUGAUGCUGUUUUCUUCCGUCCACUUUCUUGAAGUCGGUCGGGCUACGCUACCAGUAGCACGGUAACGAGUGAUUUAUUCACCAAAAUACUUUUGCACGUUUGUAAACAAUAUAAUGAGCUGUCACUUGGACAAUUUUAACAGCUGUCGGACGAGUAGCUCAGAAAUGACAGCAGUCUGAAGUUGGUUGCAGUUUUUUUCAUCUCACGUUGUAUUAAUUAAACAAAAUAAUUUCCAAUCGGGUCACAUUAUUAGACAAUUAUUAUUAAACAAUUAUUGUUAUUUUUUAACAAAUAUUAAAUAAUUAAUUAAAGUUUUCCUUGAUUUUAGUGUUUCAAAAUUAAAAAAAAAAAAUGCAAAUCCUUUUUUUUAAAUAAAUACUUCUCUUUGCCAUUUUCGAAAUAUCACCCCUAUCUCUCUAUCACUCUCUCGCUUACGAUCUUAUUUGUGUUCAUUGUUUAUUAAUUUUCAAUAUAUGAUUCUAAGGUGCCAAUUAAAUAAUAAUAAAUAUAAAUAAAUUGUUAUUAUAAUAUCAAACAAUUGUUAUUGUUAUUCACAUUCAUUAAGUAAAUAUUUUGAGCUAAGAUUUAUUUUUAUUAUAUUUACCUUAUUCUCUUUAAAUUCUCAUACCGUAUAUAAUAUAUUUAUUUUUUUCGAUUCUUUUAUUAUAAUAUAAAUAUUUCUUAAUUAUAAGUAGGUUAAUAAAUAGUUUUUUCAAUUAGAUUUUAAU